UUUAAAGGCUAGAGUAUACAAAUGAGUUUUAAGAUGGGACUUAAUUAGUAGCAUCUCUACCUGUUACCGGCAGGGCAUUCCAGAGUACUGGAGCCCGAAUAGAAAACGGGCGGCCCGGGUGCUGGUGUGCGAUCAUGUCCUGCAAAGCCGCCAUGGCCAAGGACAAGAAGACGAGCUUCGGCAAGAAGCUGUUCAGACGAGGUUCCGUCCGCUCCGUGGGAAGUUUCAUGAGCAGAGUCCUGAGGACACUGACCGCCCUGUCCCACUUUGGAUCCGAAGUCCAGACCGAGGAGGACAAGGACGACGACGGAGGCUUCACCGCGUUUAAGUCCGGAGCUAAGGGCGCACCCGUGGAUGACGGCGACCUGGGGGUUUUCCUCUCCGGCGAGAGAGUCCCCGGCGUGGCCGGGCUGAAGAACCACGGCAACACCUGCUUCAUGAACGCGAUUCUGCAGUGCCUCAGCAACACGGAGCUGUUCGCGGAAUUCCUCGUUUUGGAGCAGUACAAGAAAGAGGGGCUGGUCGAGGACAAACCAAAGACAAACGGCGUCCAUCUGCAAAAGAAGGGACCCGCGGCCAAGGGGGAAGUGACCGAGCAGUUGUCUGGACUUGUCCGGGCUUUGUGGACGUUUGAGUACACCCCCCAGCACAGCCGAGAAUUUAAGAACGCGGUGUCAAAAAACGCCACGCAGUUUAAGGGCAACGCACAGCACGACGCUCAAGAGUUCCUGCUGUGGCUGCUGGACAGAGUUCACGAGGACCUCGACACAGUCAACCCCAUCGGCAGUUUCUCCUUAAAGCCACCUAUUGAGGAGGAUGACCAACAUGCAGAAGGACCCUCCCCUCCGCUCUCAGCCGGUUCAUUUGUACAAGAGCUCUUUCAGGCUCAAUACAGGUCCUCGCUCACAUGCCCACAUUGCCAGAAACAGAGCAAUACCUUUGACCCCUUCCUCUGCAUCUCACUACCCAUCCCACUGCCGCACACGCGGCCAUUGUACGUUACGGUGGUCUACCAGGGGAAGUACUCGCACUGUUUGAGGAUCGGGGUCGCCGUGCCCCUCAACAGCGCCGUGUAUCGCCUCCGGGAUGCUGUGUCGCGCUCGACCAAGAUGGCUAUGGACCAGUUCAUUCUGACCGAAAUGUACUACGACGGUUUCCACCGUUCCUUCUGCGACGACGACGACGACCUCAACAUCAUCCAAGAGAGCGACUCCAUCUUUGCCUUUGAGACGCCGGAGAUGUUUAAACUCGAAAGCCUACGCACCAAAAGAGGCAAUCUUCUGGCCAACCUGAAUCACAACAACUUGAAAUACGGGACGGAAAAUAGUCGGACGUCAUCUUUUAUGCAGGGGGCUGGGACCCCUUUGGCAUCGCCCAAUAAAAACCUGGCUCCUGAGAAGAUGAUCCUCCUGGUGUGCAAUAGGGCCUGUACUGGACACCAAGCAAAAAGAUUUGGCUUGCCUUUCGUUCUCUACAUGGAGCGUACGGCCACCUGGGACGCGCUCCAGAAAGAGAUCUUGGAGAAAAUGCGCCACCUCCUCCGACCUGGAGUCUAUAUUCAGGUGGGGCCUUUCAGUCUUCGAGUGGUCGGCGUGGUGGGGAUCACCUACCUCCUUCCCCAGGAUGAGCGACCGCUGUGUCAUCCGACUGUGGAGAGAGCAUAUAAGUCCUGUGGACAGGGCGGUCCGCCGCACGUGAAGAUCGUGGUGGAGUGGGACAAAGAGACCAAAGACUAUCUAUUCGGACACACGGAGGAGGAGUACAUACCCGACGCCGAGAGCGUGUAUCUGUACAGGGAGCAACACCACCAGCCGCAGGCCUGCACUCUGGCUCAGUGUUUUCAGCUGUACACUAAAGAGGAGCAGCUGGCCCCAGACGACGCCUGGCGCUGCCCCCACUGCAAGCAGCUGCAGCAGGGCCGCAUUAAGCUCAGCCUGUGGACAUUGCCUGACGUGCUCAUACUGCACCUCAAGAGGUUCAGACAGGAGGGAGACCGCAGGGUGAAGAUGCAAAACUUGGUGCAGUUCCCGCUGAUGGGCAUGGACAUGGCGCCUCACGUGGUGAAGAGGAGCCAGAGCAGCUGGAGUUUACCUUCCCACUGGUCACCGUGGAGACGACCCUACGGCUUAGGGAGAAACCCUGAUGACUUCCUGUAUGACCUGUACGCUGUGUGCAACCAUCACGGCAGCAUGCACGGAGGCCACUACACUGCCUACUGCAAGAACUCCGUCGAUGGUCAGUGGUACUGUUUUGAUGACAGCGAGGUUUCACCGGUAGCCGACGACGACGUGUGUCAACAAACUGCCUACAUUCUCUUCUACCAGCGGAGGACUGCUAUACCUUCCUGGUCCGCCAACAGUUCUGUUGCAGGCUCUACCAGUUCUUCCCUGUGCGACCACUGGAUAAACAGGCUGCCCGGUAGCAGACCUGCAAGCUUGGCGUCAGGCGCCUCAUCCAGACGCACCUCUCUGGCUUCGCUGGCGGAGUCGGUGGAGUUUCCCGCAGAGCGUAGCGAAGACGACGGUGGUUUCUCCGUCCGCCCCUUCGUGAGGAGCAUCCAGCGUCAGAGCUCGUCUUCCAGGUCGUCCAUUGCCAGCCCCUUAGCUUACAGUGACAGCGGCGUCAAGCCCUCUUGGUCCCUCUCCACCAAGCUGCAAAUGAGGUCCAGCUCACCCUCGCGCUUCUCCCUGGACUCUCGGUGCUCGCCACCCCUUGAGCGGAUCGGCGAGGCCUGCGACGACCGCGUGUCCACGUCCUGCUUCGGCAGCUACAGCCGACACGAGCGCUACUUCGGCAGCAGGACUCCCUUGUCUGCGGUGGAGAGCAACCACGCCGAGCAGGAGAACCACAACAAGCGUUUCCUGGAUAUGAUGUACUGCCGCGCUCCCACGCCGGUGGACAAGAAGACGUCCAAAAACGAGCCCACCGAAAACAACAACCAGAUCACGGCCAUAGACCAAAACGUCCUUCCGUCUCAAGCCACGCCCUCCAAGGAGCAGAAACGCAAAGAAAGCACAAGCUCCACGAAAACCACCAAAGCAGAGCAGGAAAAAAACACCAAAAAACGUCUGUGUAAUAAACCCGCGACGUCCGAGACCCCCUCGAGCACGCCUGUAAAAGGCAAGAAGGUAAGCAACACGAAAGAGAAGAACGUCACGAGCAAGAAAAGCAGCUUGACACCUAGUGGGACGCCUUCCAAAACAAAGGAGGCGUCCUCAACUCUGGAGGCGACGUCAAAACACAGACUGUGUGUGCGCUCCACGCCUCUGUCGUCAGCGUCACCCUCCCCCACCACCAAGAAGAACCCGGGCGUCCCCGAGAAGAACCCGGCCAGCGCUCGUAAGCGUCUGGUGGAGAGGAGCUUCAGCAGAGACUCCAUGCACACCAGUCCUCUGAUCAACAGCCCGCGAGGAAGCCCUCUGUCCAAGACGGGCGAGAGCAGCCGACACGAGGCGAAGACGGUGCGGAGCUCCAGCAGCAGCUCGUCCGUCACCAGCCUGCGCUCUCCCAGCGUGUCCAGCAGAGACCUGCAGCGUGGCGGAAAGUCGGAGGAGAAAGGCCUGUCCUUCUUUAAAAGUGCGCUGAGACAACGGGAAAGCCGCCGGUCGGCCGACUUAGGCAAGAGCAGCCUGCUUUUCAAAAGGACUUCGGAGAGGACAUACAAGCAGAACGGACAGGCCAAGGAAGGCGGCGUCGAGAACGGCAAAACGGCGGUCGACACAUCCUCGCCUCUGAAAGCAGACGCUCCGAGAGGCGCAGCUGAGAAAAAGGCAGACGCCAAGGAGUCCAAGGCCGCCUCCUCUCUCGGCCGCUCUCUGCUGCACGUGGGCAAGACCAAGGCUUCCGGUGCCGACGCGAGUCUCAAGUCGCCGGCCAACGGUAAGAAACCGCUCGACAGGAAGACGCCUUCCCGGAAGCUGUCGUCGAGCACGCAAUCACCCGCACGUACGACACAGCGGCCUCAGUGACCGCCACCAUCGUACGUACUUUUCUUCUUACUGAAUGCAGCUACUGUACAUUCUCUGUGCCUACCUUCUGCUCAGCACCCCGCUGUGAAAAGUACGCAAACUUGACACUUAGGCUACCUUCACACUGUUGCAAUUCCGGUUUUAUUCCCCAUAUGUGACGCGCACAUUUUUUCACCGUACAAUUCCCGUUUUUACAAAUCCAACCAAGGCCUCUUGCAUAUUUAGAUCUAAAUUCCGUUUAUGGCCGAUACAACUGCAGUCUGAACAAUCGGGUCGCGAUUAUCCAACCUAAACGUCAUCAAAAAGCGACAGUUCUCGGCCAAAAUAGACAAUUGCGAAAAUAAAUAUUGGACGAAUGAGCAGAAAAAGAUGUUUUAGAUAGGGAUGCAAUGAUUAACAAGAUUUACUAUUGACGUUAAUUAAAAAAGGCGUGGCUCAGUUGGUAGAGUGCAACUUUAAGGUUCCAGGUUCGAUUCCAGCUCCUGCCAAAGGACCUCACUGCCGUUGUGUCCUUUAGCAAGACACUUCAUCCUUGCUCCCAGUGCCACCCACACUGGUUUAAAUGCAGCUUAAAAUGUAAAUAAUAGGUUUUGCUAUGUAAUGCAGUCUCUAGAGGGGGAGAAAAAGUGCUACAUAAAAUAUAAUCCAUUUAAAAACACCAGAAUUAUUUAAUCUCAAAGGCUCCACUACACCUUGAGUUUCAGUCAUCCUCACUCGCUAUAUACAUUUUUAUCAGUAGCUCAGCAUUGUGCAAGUUUAGUGUAAACAAACCGCAUCAUCAGGAACUCCUGUCAAGGGCUUCAUUUAGUGUUAUUUUUGUCUGUGUUGGCAUUGUAAGUUAAUACAGCAAGUAGGGAUGGGUACCGUUCACAAUGGAACCGAUACAUACCAAUUACCAGUACAUGGGAAUCGAUGCCGGUACUGGUGUGUGUUAAUAAAUAUGAAUUGUUUUCGAUAAUUACAUUUUUAUUGCAACAUUUAAAAGCUAGCUGAUCAUAACAACUGCUGUCCAGUUGUUACUUUGUGUUUUAUCGUGACAUUUCCAAGUCCAAGAUGUGAGACGGCAGUAAUGUGUAGUUUAUGGUGUGUUGGCUAGUCAGUUUAGUUUUGGCUGUCGAGUCUUUUGUUGCGGCCAAAAUGUGUUAAUACUGUAAGUACUUGUUUUCGAUUGAUUGUGCUUAAUUAUUCACCAGCUGUUUGAUUGUAACAUGCAUCCAAGUUGGCGAUUUCAGCGCCUCCAAAUUUGUUAAUGAAAACUACAUGUAAAAUCGCUAAUGCUAAUCAGUAGCAUGUCAUUAGCAAAGCCUUAUUUUACUUACAGUACGUUGGAACGGUUUUUGAGUCAGUUUCUUUGAUGGCAUUGAAAAUUGCAAUUUUACCUAGAGAGUGAUUACCAAGUGCCGAAGUGCGAAGACUCGGCGACUGGGCGUGACGUCAUAGCCCAACCCAGGUACUGAAACAUGGCACCGUUGCAUUUUUCGUGAAUCGGUACUUGGUAGGACCGGUGAGAUUCGGUCGGUGCCAAAAAAAGUACAUGCUACCCAUCCCUAAUAGCAAUCCAAUCCAAUCCACUUUAGUUAUGUAGCACAUUUAAACAACAAAAAUGUUUCCAAAGUGCUGCACAACAAUAUUAAAAACAAUAUUCAAAUAUUAUCCUUAGCUCCACCAAUGACUGAAUAAAAACAAAAAAUAAAUAAAUAUAAAACCAAUAUAAAAACAAUAUAAAAAAAUAAAUAUGAUUAAAAACGAUUUUAAAGGGUAAAACCAAUUAAAACAGUAAAUAGAAAUCAAAAAAAAAAAAAAAAACACAGAGGACCACACAACUCACGUACUGUUAAAAGCCAAAGAAUAAAAGUGGGUCUUAAGACAAGACUUAAAACACUCCACUGUGGGAGCAGUUUGAACAUGGAGGGGCAGAGUGUUCCAGAGCUUAUGGCCGACCACAGAGAAGGCCCUGUCUCCCCUGGAUUUAAGUCUGGUCUUGGGCACCACGAGCUGGAGCUGGCUCUCGGACCUCAGAGCGCGAGCAGGAGUGUAAAUUUGGAUGAGGUCCGAGAUAUACUGAGGUGCCAGUCCAUGUACAGCUUUAAAAACAAACAGCAAGGUUUUAAAAUCAAUUCUAAAAUGAACAGGGAGCCAGUGCAAACUCUGAAGAAUUGGGGUUAUAUGCUCGCGUUUCCUGGCCCCUGUUAAAAGUCGUGCUACCGCCAAGUGUAAAACAUCAGAAGCUUGUACAAUAACAGCAUUAUACCAUGCGAUCUAACUAUGUGCAUUCUCGUUAUUAUUAACACAGCAUAAAAUAGAUGAUUCAAAAUGAAUAAAUAGGCAUGGAUGACAGUUGAUGAGUAACAUUUCCCCUGGGGAUCAAUAAAGUUGUCUUAUAUUAAUAAUACAAUUAUUAAUCUAAUAAUAGUUUGUUUAUAUUUUUUUAUUUUGUACUGUUAUUUAUAUGAAAAUACCUAAGGAAUAUCUCAUUUUAUAUAUUUUUUUGUUUUGAUAUACAUCAUGACAUAGUAAUCGUGAUUAUUACUCAAGACAUUAAUCGUUGCAUUCCUAGUUCUGGAACUCACGUCAAUAUCCCACCACCAAGGAGUCCUCGGAACACACGUCCAGGCAAAUGUCCCACAAACUGCGUGGGACAAAAUUCCUGUCUUCCUUCUUAAUCUUGUACGUGAAACAAUUUGGUUGGAAAAAAAAAAGUCCUUAAACUUGCUACAAAUCUACUGAAAUUGGAGCCAUGACGUCAAGAUCGGAUUUAAUAAAUAAAAAAAUCAGAAUUGGCCGUAAUACCCUGCAGUGUGAACGUAGCCUCAGAAUCCAAAAUCCCAUCCAGGAGACUUACUUCAUUAAUGAGCUUUCUCCUCAGUGACAUAAUGAGUCUGUGGUCAAGGUCGAGACCACAAACACGAAAUAGAAAGCGUUUCAUUCCGAGUAAUGAUUAUUUAUUUACGUUUCGAAAAUUGAUUUGAGCAAAGACGUGUCUGAGAAUUUUUUUAACGUCACGAUGGCCAACGAAACGGCAGAAUAAACUUGCUAAUUGGUCCACAAGACACACUUAUAGAUAUUUUACAACUAUUUUUGUUUAAAUACCAGUUUUAUAAUAGUGUUUUAUAAGAAAAUGUUUUGGAAUGAAACCCUUUAAAAAUCUCUAUA